AAUAUUUUAUCUGUACGUGAAUUACGUUUCAAUUUUUCAAUUUUAUUAAAUUUUAUUUUUUACUCAAAAAUGCAGAAUAUUACACAAAUGGUAGAUAAUUAUCCUGAGCAAUCAAUAAUUGUAUGCGAAUGCGCCUUAUAUGAUUUGGAAACAUUUUUGGGUCAUCAAGAUUAUAUUCAACGACACGAAGAGAAAGGCAAUAUAAUAAAGGACAUAGUAUCUGGUCUCUUGGAACUUCAGAAGCACAACAUAGGUAAAAUUUUCGAAAAUCAGACAUCUAAUUUAUAUGAAUUUAUUAACCAAUUUUUUGAAUUAUUUUUUAUAGUACAUACUGAAUUAUCACCAGGAAAUAUAAUGUUUUUUCAAGAGAAUAAUGGUUGCGUGGAAAGCUGGAAGUUGAUUGAUUUUGACACAGCAUGUUUUGCUAGUUCAUAUUAUGCAAAAAUCAAAAUGAAUUAUUCAGCUCCCGAAGUUAUAAGAGCACAAGAGGAAGGAAUUGAAAUCAAGGCCGACUUUUCGAUGGAUAUGUUCUCUUUCGGAUUAGUUUUAUAUUUUAUUGAGACGGGUCGUCAUUAUUGGGAUGGAUGGGAUAUAGAGAAUGAAGAAGUAAAAAGAGAAAUUAUUUCGGGAAAUAAAUACUCCUCACUACUUCAAAAUAUUCGCGAUCAAAAUUCUUGCUGGAUUAUAAAGAGUUUGCUUGUUAAAGACAUUUCACACAGAAUGAAAUUAGAUAGAUUUAUGGUGAUUACACGUUUAACUUCGCGUUUAUUUGUUUAUCUUGUAAUUCAGUACUAAAAAUAAAAAUUUUCCUCUUUUUAGCGAACGCCAUAUUAUACCGGAGAAUCAAAAUCAACGAAUGUUAAAAAUUUCGAGUCU